AUGUCCAGGUUCAUGUUGUGGCCAUUGCUCUGGAUCUUGCCUCUGAUUCUCUGCACCGCUACUUCGGAGGAUGGCUCUGCUCCUGCUUCUGAGCCUGAGGAGUGUGAGCUGCAGAGGCUGAGCAUGCUGCAAGCGCGAAGCGUCCUGAGUUCCAGCCCCAGAUUGCCUUGGGAUGACCGCGUUUUCGUGUUCGGAACCUACCAUAAGGGUGGCUCCACCAUGAUGGUCAACAUUGUGGAGAGGGCUUUCAAGGCCCUGGGGGCAGACAUGGACGUUGACAGCUGCUUCAGGGGCGGGUUCCUGAAGAACAUCACGGAGUGCAUGCGGAACAACGUCACCAGCAUCCGUCUCUUCACCGGGUUCUUUUGCCCCCGGGACCUGGAGGAGACGAAAGCUAUUCAGAAGCCCCGGGGGGCGCGCACCGUCAUGGAGAUCAGAGACCCACGGGACAUGAUGGUCUCAGCAUACUGCUUCGCCAAGUCAGGUGGGGACUAUGGAGUGCAGAUCUUCCCCUUACAUGCAGAGAAGAUACCGUUUCCUGAGAUCCUCACAAUGGGACCUGCUGAGGGCCUGCGCGUCAUUUCCCAGCAGAUGUUUGGUCUUCUUGACUGCAUGAACAGGAGCCAGCAGAAAGUUAGGGACGACCCUGAUGUGUUGGUGGUGCGCUAUGAAGACUUCGCAAGGUCUUCGCGCGAUUUCGAUAAGAGGGUGCUGCAGAUGUUUCACUUCCUUUUUGAGGAUCUCGUUUCGCCGGCGCAGUACCGUGACAUGUGGGAAGCAGUGAAAGUCGAGGAUUUGAACAGGCAAGAAGAGUCGGGGAACACAAACAUCACCGAGCACACGAACGACGAUGAAUGCAUGCGCCGUUCAACUGCGGUGCUCCGAGCACUGCCCGACAUCAAUGCCAAGGUUCGAGAUUUCCAGAGGUCGCUGGGGUAUGCCUAG